AUGAGCGACAAUUCAUCUGUGGAUUCAGAUAUGUCUAACACGGAGCAAGAAUUGGUAUUCAUGCUGAACACAUUUAUGAAAGGCAGAAAGCCACAGCAUCCCGUCAAGCAGAUACCGCACACAGUGAUAAUUGAAGAAGAUGUUACAAACAACUCCUCAUCAGCACUGUCAACAUCAUUCUCAACAUUGGCCAUCGAUAAUCAAGCAAAGGAUAUUCCAAAUGAAAUCAAGGUUCGUUCCAAGAGAGCAGUAGAGGAGCAUAUUCGACUGCUGUCAUCAGACAUGAUCCGCUACUUGAGAAAGCAUGAGUUCAAAGUCAGAGGAACCACAGGCAAGGUUUACACGGUUAUCAUUGGAAACCGAUUGGAAUGCACUUGCCGGGAUUAUCAGAUUAGGAAAUGCCAUUGCAAGCACAUACUCUACAUUCUGUUGAAGGAAUUGAAAAUUCGAGAUUUAUCAAUGGAGAUAUUUAAAACCCUGUAUCCAUCUGAUGAGAUCUUGAAAGAGGUAUUCCAAAAGUACCACACAUUGCCUUGA